GACGAAACUACAAGAAGCUCCGACCUGUUUUCUGUCAGUUAGUGUUCACCUGUCAUUACUGUACAUUUAUUCAGACUGUUUCAGAUCAGUAUGGAAGCUGGUGAGGACAAAAGUGGCCUGAAGAGACAGAGAGCACCUCUGUCAGACUCUGAAGAUAAUGCCCCCACAUCAUCAGUGGCAAAUGAUGGCCAGAAAAGGCGACGUCUGGAGGUGACUGGUCAGGAGAACCGCAACCCUCAACCAGUGUCUUCUGGACGCUUAGCUGAGCGAGAGGCAAAACCAGACACCCCGAUUGUUCCAUCAGUCCGGUCCCGAGUCCAGCAGCUCACCCAGAGAAGAGAAGGAGGGGCUCUUGUUGCUCAGAGAUGUGUGUCAGAUCCAGGGACAGAUAUGGACAACAGACAUCAUCUGCUGGGUGAGGGAGAAUUCAACCAACGAGUGGAGCGUUUUAAGACCCCGGUCUUCACGCCGAACCCUAACCUGUCUCCAAACCUGGGGGGCUCCUGCCCUCGGACCCGCUCUGACCUUGUGUCUGGGAUUCAGCAGAAGCUCCAGGGCACCGCAACCCCCAGCUCCAAACAGGCGUCCCGCAUUCGCCAGGAACGGGAACAGGAGCUGAACCAGCUGCACUUCCAACCAAUCAGUCAGAACGCCUGGUUGAAACGGAGCGCCUCCGACCAAUCACUCAACCAGAUUGAUGGAGAUGCUGAAGUGAAAGAUGACAGUUUUACUGACACAGUGAAGCCACUUGGAAAUACUACAGAUGCUGAACUGAACUCCCACGAUGAGACCAACACUGCUGACAUCAUCGACCAGAUGUUUGAGGAGGUGCUGGAAUAUGCCGAGAGAAUUGAAGAUGAGCAGAGGGAUGAUGAUGACGGCGACGACCGAGACAGUGGCAUCGGUGUCUGCACUGGGGAGAAGGACAAGAUGGAGGAGAAGAUGGACACUGAGUCUGAGAAGCAGAAGAGCGAUAAAGACGAAGAGCACGCUGAGAACAAUGGAGAUGAGCUGAUGUUUCCUCCCAGUGGAAUCCUGUCUCCACUGAGCAAGUCUGUGGAGGCCGUGGUCACCCCUCUGCGUUUGGCGGCCGAUCAGGAAUCCAACCCUUCAUCUUUGCUCCUGACCCCUGAAGACAGCACCACCCCUGUUGAAAGUGCUCCUCUGUACAGCAUUGACGCCUACCGCACACAAAGGCAGAGCAAACCACCCCCCAUUCAGAGCGUCACCCCUGGGCCUCAGAGACGAGCUGUUGACACAUCCAGGCCUCAACCUUCUGUCAACACCAAGGAGAAAAUUGCAGCUCUGAAUGAAGAAGCAGGGAAGCUGCAGACUGUGAUUAACCAGACCCUGCAGGCUCUGAGCUGCUGCACCGAUGAGGACCACGGUCGAGGGUCACUGGAGGAGGCCGAGGCCGAGAAACUGCUGCUGGUCUCCUGUGAGAAACGUUCUGCUCUGCUGGCCGAGGUGACCAGACUGAGGGAGGCGAGGAGCUCUGAGUCUGGGGAGGACGACACAGACCUCACCUCUCAGAAACCCUGCAGAGGAACUGUUAGCAUCACUAACAUCCAGCUGCCACUGAAGGUGGAAUUUGUCUGUUCCUCGCACAACAGGCCAGGUCGGCCAAGUCAUUAUUUCUUCAUCCUGAUCCGCUAUGGACCUUGUAACAUUGUGGCAACUCCUCUGGCCACAGCGGCAGACGCUCAGAAAGGAGACACCAUCUUGUUUCCUACAUCUGUCACUCUGAAGGAUAUUCGCUCAACCUUUGAAAUUGACGUGGAAGUCUACAGCCUGUCCCACACCACAGGUACCAACUGCAGUGUGGAUCGCAUCAACACCAAGUCACGGGUCACCCCAAGAAAACUCCUAAAUACAUUAACGAGAUCCAGUAACAGUCUGACAUCUGCUGCUCUUCCUGCCCUGAACAUUCGUCGCUCCAGUAAUUUCUGUCUGGUUGGUUCUCAUAAGAUCACCCUGGCCUCGCUGGGACACAGCAAGUUCCCCCUGGAUAAGAUGAAACUUGAAGGCAAAAUCAGGAGGCUCCUGGGAGAUGAGUUUCAGGAAAAGGUGCCUUUUCUUUCUCCUCUAGAGGGAAACGUUUACCUGAGACUGGACAGUGAAGGCCACUCCAGCGUACAGCACCAAGGCUUCCUGACCAUGUUUGAGCUCAUCAGUGGAUUUGGGGUUUGGCAUCGUCGAUAUUUUGUCCUGGAAGGCUGUAACAUGUUCUACUGGAACCAUCCCAACGACAGGGAAACCAAGGAUGCAGAGGGCAGCAUCUCUCUGUCCAGUUCUCCUUCUCAGUGUGUAAGGCCCGUUAAGAGGGACUCAUGUGCGCGGCCUUUCACCUUCGAGCUGGUCAGCAGCGUCCAAAAGCAGCAGCAGGACAGCAGUCAGGAUACGCCGGCCAAGUGCUGGUUUUCAGCCGACACCAAACAGGAAAGACUGGACUGGAUGGACAAACUCAACCAGGCUCUUCUGGACUUCCACACAUGGAACAAAACAUCGACCACCAAACCCCAGAGCUCAUCCGACAGCGGGAACAUCAGGGAGAGCAUCCUGUAACUGCAAACGCCACACAAACACGUCACAUGACCCACAGAGGCCCCUCUCCAUCCCGCAAUAUGACAAUGAAUCGUCAUAAAUCCAAUUAUAAACACAUACACCAGUGAAAACUUUACGUAUCUUGAUUUUUUUUUUUGGGAGAUAUUGAUUUGAUUUGCGUGUUAUUGUUUAUUUCUUUUUAUCUGAAUCCAAUCAUUACUGUUGGUUUGGUCAUUUUUAUUUGUUUUUGUUGCCAUUGGAGUAUUGUUUUAGUUCUUUAUUGUUAUGACUGUUCAGAAGUCAGGUUUUAUUUUGGCUUUUUUCAGUCAGCUGCUUUAGCCUGAGUUGGCUUUAUUGUUCGGUCACUUUGGGUAAAUAGGGACCUCAUGUAGCUUAUAUUUCUGAAGUUUAAUUUACGUCCAUAUUUAGGUUCACAUUGUAUUUUUGUAUGAUUAUAACUGGAAGGAUACACGUUUAUAUAGACACUAAUGAAGAUGUGUUUAACUUUACUAACAAAUGUAAAAUAAGGAAACACUACAAAUGAUUAAGAAAUAGAAGAAAUAUGCCUGCUAGUGUCUGAAUGGGACCUUUGUGUUAGACUUGCAGACGGACAGAGGCUCAUGUGGAGCUGAUUUUGGGCAGUUUAUGGGGUGAAAGUAAUGAUAUAAAUCUGUCCUGAGUACAUGGUGAGUUACUGCAGGUGUAUGAACCCAUCCAUGUACAACAACAGAUUCUGUUUCUGUGAAUGUAGUCUGUUUGACGUUCUGUUCUUUUUCUGUGUUUGUCCAUCUGUGAGUCUGUCAUCUGUCUUAAUGAAUAAAUUAUUCCUAUAAACUCCCAUUCUAUGCACUUAUGGUACCAAUAAAGGAAAUAG